AUGUCUUACAACCACAAUCAAUCUUUUUUCUUGUUAUUACUUGUCACUUUGUCAAUAACAAGUUGCUAUGUAAUUCAAGCAGAAGCGCGCCAUCUUCUUGAAGUAACUAUUCCCAAUCUUCCUAAGCCUGAAUUGCCACAACUCUCAGAAAUCCCAACUUUACCAAAGCUCGAAUUCCCUGAAAUUUCAAAAUCCGAGCUACCAACUCUACCAAAGCCCGAACUUCCAACGUUGCCAAAACUCGAGAUGCCUGUCAUUCCUAAGCCGGAACUACCAACUUUGCCAAAGCUAGAAAUUCCUCAAGUGCCUAAAAAGCCUUGA